GGCGCGUACCGAAAAAAAAAUCGAAUCGAAUCGAAAUUUGAAAACGUUAUGUAUAUUUAAGUUUUUAGUUUAAGCGAAAAUGUUGUGGUUGUUAUGUUUGACCGCGUUCGCGGUGUUUUCGGCGGCGAGCGGCGCGGGCGCCGGGGCCGCCCGCCUCGUCUGCUACGUUGACGGCGCGCGCGCAGAGGGCUUUUCCGAGUGCACACACCUCGUGUACCACGGCGACGCGAGGGGGGACAAACUCGACGGUGUGCUGAAGGAAUACAGGAAAGAUAAUCCGAGGCUGAAGAUUGUUUUGAGAGUUGCUGAAGUCGACAAAGACCUCCUUUCAGCGCUCAAGUCCAAACAUGUCCAAGGGCUGGAGAUCCACGAAGCCCACCGCUCUCUCAACAAGACCACCGUCCUGGACACCGUGGAAGCCGCCAGGAAGGCCCUUAGCGGCGCCGGCGGCGGCCCCCUGUUUCUCGCCCUUCCUUCGCACCCUGAGCUCCUCGCGAAGUACUAUGACUUGAGGACGCUGGUGAAGAAAGUGGAUCUGAUGAUGGUGCAGACGCACGAUCUGGGGGCGAUGAAGAAGAUGACGUAUCAUCCUAGCAGACUGAGUGGGUUGUGGGACAUGAUGAACACGGACUCUGUAGUGGACCUAGUCGUCGGUCUCGGCGUACCAGCCUCCAAGAUCGUAAUCAGCCUCCCCGCGACCGCCCGUCAGUUCACCCUGGCGAACGAGACCCUCAGUACUCCGGGCAGCCCUGCUGUGGACGAGCAGCCUAAGGAGAUAGACCAGGCUGAGCUCUGCAGGCUGCUGCAGAAGGGACGGUGGACUCUAGAAAGGGACCAGGAUCUGUCGGCGCCUUAUGCUUUCAGGAACACAACUUGGAUGUCCUUCGAAGACUCCUCAUCCGUGGACGUGAAGGGCAAGUACGCCCGCGUCCGUGGCCUGGCCGGCCUGGCCCUUCACAAAGCUGACAAAGACGUCGAGACUCCAUGUGGUCCCACGCUGAAGGCUUCCCUUGCUAAGGUGCUGAACCAGCAGAGCAGAGCGCCCAGGGCCGCUGUUCUAAGGUCUCUGGAGCACGAGAUCCUCUCCGCCCCUGCGCACGCGCGAGCUCUCGACGCGCUGCAAGUCUCCCCCUACAGAAUCACACAAAUCGUCGACUCUGAUGGCGUCAUCCACUCGAUCCGUGAGGACACCCGUACGGAGUUCUCCUGCUCCCGUCAGGGCUACUUCGUGCACCCGCGCUCCUGCGCGCGCUUUUACCGCUGCGUCAAAUUCGACCAGCUCUCGCCCGACUACACGGUAUUCGAGUUCGACUGCCCCGCCGGCUUGGCUUUCGACGCGCGUUACGAGGUGUGCGUGUGGCCCGGCAGCCUGCCGCACUCGCAGGCAUGCCCUGGAUCCUCUGAGAUCGCCCCCGUACCCCGCACGAGGUUCAUCUGCCCCGAACAUGAAGGUUACUACGCCGACCCCGAGAACUGCCGCUGGUUCUUCGCCUGCCUGGACCACGGGAAGGCGCCGCUGUCCGCCUACGAGUUCCGCUGCCCCUUCGGCCUCGGCUUCGACGCUGAGAAGCUUAAGUGCGACUGGCCCUGGCUGGUGCCGGCUUGUGGAAAUAUCGCCAGAUACGAGGCCGAGGCCUUCGGGUACUCUGGAGCAGUUCUUACUGGAGCCGCUGGCUUCCAUGGUCAGACCGCCGACGCCGUGAACGUGGCCGCUCACAACAGCCUGAUCUCCGGCGCCGCCCUCGACAACCUCGUCGGCAUCCAGGGUGGCUUCCUCUCCCAACAGGAUGCGCUCGACGCCAACUUCAUCGCGUCUCAGGAGUUCAACGGAGCCUCUGGAUCCAACGAGCUCGCUUACCAAGUCAACGGAGCCGCGCAUGGCAACGGACUCGUCCAGGCGACUAAAUAUAGUGAUGAGGGGAAGUACACUAGUGGCUCGCUGAUCUUGGAUGAUUAUAGACUGCCGACUAAAUCUGAGGCUCAGAAGAUCCAUGGUCAUCAGAUUAAUAUCCUCACAGGAACGGGUUCUGCCGGUUUUUCUUCGGGACAAUCUAGUGGCUACUCUUCGUUGUCCUCGGGACAAAACUCUCAAUAUCAAUCAAGCGAUUAUUCCGACAAUUCUGGGGCGUACGUGCAUGACCCUUCGGGUGAUUACGCUGAGCCCUACAAGCAUGUAGGUUCUCCAGAUGUCCCAUACGUCCACGAUGAUUCUGCUUACAAACAGUCCAGCGACUACUACGAUUAUGGAAGGUAUUCGGCAUCUUCUGGAGCUGAUAGCAAUGGGAAAUAUGUACAUGAUAACUCUGGGUCUUAUGCUGAUGAUUUAUCAAACUACGGAGGAUCUUAUAACUCAGGUUCCUACAGCGGCUCGGGAAAAUACCAAGCUGGUAUUUACAAGGAAUCUUCACUUAGCGCUAACGGAUAUAAAAGUGGCAGUGGAUCAUACAGCGCGGAUUAUUCCGGCUCGUACACACAUGACGACUCUGGUAAAUACGUGGCUGGUGUAUACAGGGCUGACGGCCAUAUUGGAGGUUAUAAUGGAGCAACAUCAACUGGCAAUGCUCUGAAUAGCCAAGUGUAUCAUGGAAGCUACAGUACCGCUAACAGUGGAAACUAUAUCAGCGACUCUAAGGCCUAUACUGGUGGAUCGCACACUUUGGCAGCUGGAUCCGUUAAUGUCGGUCUGGUUGGCAAGACUACUUUGGUUGAUACUGGAUAUAGUGACCAGUUCAACUAUGACGCCUCUAAAGCAUCUACCAGUGGCUCCCAAUCGUUUGGUCAUAAUAUUAUCCACGACAGCCAACAUACGGGACACGUCUCAUAUGUUUCGCAACCGGCAGUUUCUAUUAAUCACGUUGGAACAGGCUCGCACAACUUGGAUGGUUACAGCUACGUCACUACUCCUACUUCAUCUGGGAUACCCACCACUGCUACUCCGUACGCUAUUACCACAGCGAUACCGACAGUAGCAUACAAAACUACCUUCGUACCUGAAGCACCUAAGACCAGCGUUAAGCAAAUCUUCGGCAUCACCCAUCCUGCCGUUACGUAUGUUCAACCGACUGUGGUACCUGUAAAACAAUACGUUAGCAGCACACCUAAGGUGGUUAUCACUGACUACAAUCAGGCAGCUGAUUAUCAUCAAUAUGAGAAUAAGGACUAUUCUGGCUACCAAGCCGGUAACGCCGCAUCAGUGAAUGGUGAAUCUUCUGGUUACGACUACUCCAAGCCAGCCAUAAAAUUUGAAGACGGGAUAACCUACUCUACCCCAGCACCGAUAUCUGUGUCCACAUAUAAACCUCAAGGAUUUAGCCACAGUCAGCAAACUCUACAUAAGGUAGAAUCGGUGGGUUAUGAUUACUCUAAUGCCUCGCCAGUGACAGAAGAGCCUUUCAAAAAGGUUGUAGCUUACACCACUGGUCCCAGCGUCAGUACAUACGCUGAGCCCACUGCGGCGACGUACACUCCUCAGUCGUUCAGUCAUCAAACCAUUCAUAAAGUAGAAAGUGCCAAAGUUUACAGCCCGGCUGUGGAGGUCGGAUCUGGUUACAACUACGUCCAAUCAGGAGUAACCUACGAGCAACCAAAGACUGUAGUCACGUACACUACACCCCAGCCGGCUCUAGAAGUCCAACCUGCUGUCUCUACCUAUGAGCCGCAAGGUUUUAGCCAUCAAACUCUACAUAAAGUAGACGCUAGUCAAGUUAACACUUACUCUCAAGAAAGUUCUGGAUACCAUUACGAGAAACCCGCUGUUAGCUUUGAAGAAACCGCUAAGACCGUUGUCCAGCAUGUUACACCUACUCCAACAAUUGUUUCUACAUACACUCCACAAUCGUAUAGCCAUCAAACAAUUCAUAAGGUCGACAACGGCAAGUCUUAUGCUCAAUCAGAACAAAGUGGAUACGACUACAACAACCACGGUGUUAGUUACGAACAACCACAAACUGUAGUUGAGUAUACAACAGCUCAACCAGCUCUAGCUGUCUCUACGUACGAACCGAAAGGUUUUAGUCAUCAAACUCUACAUAAAGUAGAUACUGGCCGAGUGAACACUUACUCUCAAGAAAAUGCUGGAUAUACCUACCAAAAACCAGCCGUUACUUUUGAUGAUAAUGCCAAGAAUAUUGUUCAACAUGUUACAUCUGCUCCAGCAAUUGCUUCGACCUACAGCCCACAGUCGUACAGCCAUCAAACAAUUCAUAAAGUCGAAAACGGCAAGUCUUAUGCUCAAUCACAAGGAAGCGGUUACGAUUACACCAACCACGGUGUUAGUUAUGAACAACCACAAACCGUGGUUGAGUACACGACAGCCCAACCUGCCAUCGCCGUCCAGCCAGCGAUAUCAACCUACCAACCCCAAGUGUUCAGUCAUGAAACUGUUCACAAAGUCGACGCUGCUCAAGUCCAUACUUAUUCCCAAGACUCAUCAUUCUCUGGAUAUGAUUACCAGAAGCCUGCAGCCAAGUUCGAGGAAGCCCCCGCAAUCGUAACUUAUUCGACCCCGGCGCCAGUUGUUUCUACGUACAAGCCACAGUCUUAUAGUCAUCAAACCAUCCACAAAGUAGAAAAGGUGGUUCCAGUGUCAUCUACACCUGCACCUAAGGUUGAACUCACUUACCAGCCUGCCGUAUCUUAUUAUGAAAACCCUAUAAUUAAAUACACUCAAAAGGUAACACCAGCGCCAUACGUAGAACCUACUGCCGCUGUUUAUACUCAAACAUACAAGCCUAUAAGCCAUCAGCAUGAGGUGAGCCAUAUUGUUAGCCAACCUACUCAGUACGAAACAUCUCAUCAAUCGUACAAUUACAACACACAAUCCCUUAACUUGAACCAAGGGUACUCAUACAGCCAGCCAGAGAUUCAGCGUGAUGUAGAAACAGUGACUGCCAAAUCUUACUCUGAUGCUAGUGAAGUAUCACACCAAACGUAUCACCUUUACAACGACAAUGCUCAACACAAAUCAAAGGACAGCGUUGUGAUCGUAUCAAGCACGCCAGCGACACUCGCCUAUGAAGAGCAUUACGCCGAAUACGAGGCUCCAAAGAAGGCAUACAAAGCACCCGAAUAUAUUCCACCAAAGACUGAUUACCAAGAAUCAUAUGUAGUGUCAUCUACUGCUAAGCCCAUAGUUCAGGAGCAAGCCGUUUAUAAUCAAGCUCAAAAUAACUAUGGUUACAAAUCGGAAGACUACUCCCAGCAGUACGAAAAUGUGCAAAGUUACGUUCCUGCUCAGCAAGUUUCAUUCACUACUUCUCACAUUGAACAGCCAAAGAAGAUAGAAACUAACCAAUAUUCAUCAUUCCAAGUAUCAUACCAAACGCCAGAGAUCCAGGUAGCCAAUAAGGCAGAGGAAUAUCUCCCCCCUGUAGUUUCUACAGUAGCACCAGUAGUGACAUCUACGUAUAGGCCAGUUACCUAUUCUACGACGUCUCGGGAGUAUUUGCCGCCCACACCAGAACUUACCUACAAUCUACCUCCUAAAACAGAAAAUACCUAUCUGCCUCCGGUAACUAGAAAGACAUACGUGAAGUCAACUACAGCGGCCCCUACUUACAAGUAUACUGAGUCUACAACAUACAAAGCCCCUGAAUAUCUGCCACCCUUAGAAGAAACUGCUCAGGGCCUAGUUAAUUUCGAAAGUGAAGGGCAAUCAUUUACCUCUAAAAUUGUGUACAACCCUUACAAAUCCGUGUCGUCGGAAGCACCCAUUGUUGUAUCCACUGCUGCACCGGCGAGAAAGCAGAAUAUUGUUGUUGCUACGGCCAAGUCUCAUGCUUACACCACAUCGUCACCUGCGUACGUAUCAAGUACGUACAGUCCAACCGUAACGUCAACCUACGCUCCGUACAAACAUGAGCUUGUAGAAGUCACCCCAGCGCCUAUUCGCAGGACGAAGCCAAAGGUUGCUGUAGUCACUAAGAUAAACGAUUUCAACCCCCUUCUCGUCAGGAAGUUGGGCGCUGUUUGCAGUUGCCAGUCCCCAACUGUUGUACUCAAAGGAACACGCCCUAAGGUUCAAAACCAAGACUUCUUAGAAUAUAACAACGAUUAUGAUGACUCCAGCCGUGGUGACAUAAACGAUAACCAAUGGGCUCAAAAAUCUAGGAAUAUUGUGUCAAACGUUAAGACAGCUACUGUGGCUCCUUAUGAUUCUACCACUUUCAACCCUAUUAUUGUGCCCGACGACUCUUUCUACCAAGACCUCCCUGAACAGAAUGAGUACGUAUCAGUGACGCCUAAGAGGAAAGAAGUGUACGUAUCAAGCACUCCCUCCUUUGUUACCUCCACAGAAAAGGUUUACACGAUAAGACCACGCAUCAAGGCUGUGACUGUCGCCCCUACAUAUAAGACCGUCCUGUUGAAACAGGAAGUAGCCCCUACUGCUAUUGUCAAGGAAGCCAUAGUAGCAGGGUCAGAAUCUGGAUCCAUCGAAUCUCAGUCGUUUGACCGAUAUGGGCCUGGUGGAUGGAGGAGCAGAGACGAAACUUUGCAAGGCUCCGUCGACUGUCAGAGAGCUGGUCUUUUCAGACAUCCCAAGCAAUGUAACAAGUUCUACGCUUGCAGAUGGGAUUGUACCAAGCAGAGAUUCACCCUCCACGUAUUCAAUUGUCCUGUUCAGCUAAGCUUCGACCCCAGCCUGGGAGCGUGCAAUUGGCCGAGCCAGGGUCCCGCCUGCCAGGGCGACACACUUCUCACCAACGCUCUGUAAAUUCUAGUAUCUUAUAUAAUCGUGCCAUCGAAAUUGUGAUAAAAUGUGAUCACGAAAUGUACCAGGGAUAGUUGAUGUUGAUGUCUCUCUCAAAUUAAUCUUAGAAAUUUAUUUAUUUGUUUGAUUUUGUUAAUGUUACGUUGUAGUUAUUUAUUACUUCUUUGCUUCAGAAUGCUUUUUGCUUGCUUAGCACCAUUACAGUUACCAUUUUUUUGUUUCCAAACUUGUGUUCAUUGUUAACUUUUAUUUUGCGACUCAUCGCGCACACUUAUUUUUUUAUUUUAUUUAUGAUUAAGUACCAAGUUACCUAAAAUGUAAGGUUACCAUUAUCUAGUUUAUAUAACACGUUUUGUUAUGUAAAAUAGUGAAGUCAUUUUUGUAUAAUUCUCAUUUAUUGUGUAUUAUAGAACGGAUUCGCUCUAUGAUUGUAAAUACAUUUUUAAUCAAUAAUAAA